GGCCGCGUCUGAGUCUGGUGCUUCCUUGGGACGGACUGACCGACGGCUUCUGCCUUCACUUUUCUUUGAGGACCUCCGCGGCCAGAGUAGCGGCUGCCUUUGGACCGGUGUCUUCUGAGAAAAGCGAUUGCACCGGCCGCGUCCUCCCUGCACCGGGCACGUCCGGUCCUCGACUAGCUCCUUUGUUAAGAAUGCUGCUUCCAACCUCUUUUGAUACCAUUUUAUGAAAUAGAGAUGUAGUCCCGCUUCCCCGCCACCUUCAGUAAGUGGUUUAGCCGGACACUGGGCAAUUAGAUCAUGGCAACCAUAGAAGAAAUUGCACAUCAAAUUAUUGAACAACAGAUGGGAGAGAUUGUUACAGAGCAGCAAACUGGGCAGAAAAUCCAGAUUGUGACAGCACUUGAUCACAAUUCCCAAGGCAAACAGUUCAUUCUGACUAAUCAUGAUGGCUCUACUCCAAGCAAAGUCAUUUUGACCAGGCAAGAUUCCACUCCAGGGAAAGUUUUCCUCACAACUCCAGAUGCAACAGGUGUCAACCAGUUAUUUUUUACAACUCCUGAUCUAUCUACACAACACCUCCAGCUGUUAACAGAUAAUUCCUCCCCAGACCAAGGACCAAAUAAGGUUUUUGAGCUUUGUGUAGUAUGUGGAGACAAAGCAUCAGGGCGUCAUUAUGGAGCAAUAACUUGUGAAGGCUGCAAAGGAUUUUUUAAAAGAAGUAUCCGAAAAAAUUUAGUGUAUUCAUGUCGAGGAUCAAAGGACUGUAUUAUUAACAAGCACCAUCGAAACCGCUGUCAAUACUGCAGGUUACAGAGAUGUAUUGCGUUUGGAAUGAAACAAGAUUCUGUUCAGUGUGAAAGAAAACCCAUUGAAGUAUCACGAGAAAAAUCUUCCAACUGUGCUGCUUCAACAGAAAAAAUCUACAUUCGAAAAGACCUUCGAAGCCCUUUAACUGCAACUCCAACUUUUGUAACAGAUGGUGAAACUGCAAGGUCGACAGGACUGUUAGAUUCUGGAAUGUUUGUGAAUAUUCAUCAGUCUGGAAUAAAAACUGAGUCGGCUGUGCUGAUGUCACCAGAUAAGGCUGAAUCAUGUCAGGGAAAUUUAAGUACACUGGCCAGUGUGGUUACAUCAUUAGCAAACCUUGGAAAAACUACUAAAGAUCUUUCUCAGAAUAGUAAUGAGCUGUCAGUGAUGGAAAGCUUAAGCAACAGUGAUACCUCUUUGUGUGAAUUUCAACAAGAAGCGCAGACCAAUGGUGAUGUUUCAAGGGCAUUUGACACUCUUGCAAAAGCAUUGAAUCCUGGAGAAAGCACAGCCUGUCAGAACUCAGUAGAGGGCAUGGAAGGAAACGUACAGCUAAUUGCUGGAGAUUCGAACAUAAAUUACAUCGAAAAAGAGGGGCCACUUCUCAGCGAUUCACAUGUAGCUUUCAGGCUCACCAUGCCUUCUCCUAUGCCUGAGUACCUGAAUGUGCACUACAUUGGGGAGUCUGCCUCCAGACUGCUGUUCUUAUCAAUGCACUGGGCACUUUCGAUUCCUUCUUUCCAGGCUCUAGGGCAAGAAAAUAGUAUAUCAUUGGUGAAAGCUUAUUGGAAUGAACUUUUUACUCUCGGUCUUGCCCAGUGCUGGCAAGUGAUGAAUGUAGCAACUAUAUUAGCAACAUUUGUCAAUUGUCUUCACAGUAGCCUUCAACAAGAUAAAAUGUCAACAGAAAGAAGAAAGUUACUGAUGGAACACAUCUUCAAACUGCAGGAGUUUUGUAACAGCAUGGUGAAACUCUGCAUUGAUGGAUAUGAAUAUGCCUACCUGAAGGCAAUAGUACUCUUCAGUCCAGAUCAUCCAGGCCUAGAAAACAUGGAACAGAUUGAGAAAUUUCAGGAGAAGGCUUACGUGGAAUUCCAGGAUUACAUAACCAAAACCUAUCCAGAUGAUACCUACAGGUUAUCCAGACUGCUGCUCAGAUUGCCAGCUUUAAGGUUGAUGAAUGCCACCAUCACUGAAGAAUUAUUUUUCAAGGGUCUCAUUGGCAACGUACGGAUUGACAGUGUCAUCCCACACAUUUUAAAAAUGGAGCCUGCAGAUUAUAACUCUCAAAUAAUUGGUCACAGCAUUUGAAAGCUGGGAUCACAGUGCCAUAAACUUACUGUUCUCUCCUAGAACAUAAGAAGACACCAAAUUGAACUCACUGCUUCCAGGGUAUCUGGAAAUUUUGACUUUCAAGAGUAACCAAAAUCUAAGAAAUUUUAAAGAAUUUUUUGAAGUGACUGGGCAGGUAGCAGGAAGUAGCAUUUUCCCUUCCUGUCUUAUUUAAAUGAGUAGGAAACACUAUGAAUUUAUUCUUGGUAAAGGGGACAAGUGAAACUGUCACCUUUUGACUAAACUAAGAUCUCUCUAUUUUAUUUUAUAAAACAAAUAAAUUAGUUUUUUUUUUUUUCCUUCUGAAUUGUGUUCUAUUCCUGUUUAACUUCAUCAUGAUCUAGUACAAACACAUAAUGGUCAGAAAUUCCUAAAGAGGAGUUCCUUAUAUUUACUCUUCUGUAUGAUGUUUUAAUUACUGUGACAAAAGAAGAUUAUUUUAUGCUUAAUGGUAUAAUGAUAAUAUCAGAACUACAAGAAAUAAUUGGGUCUAUAUUUUUUGUCUUUUGUAAAUAGCGCUGCUCAGCAUACACCAGUCUCAUUGCUGGCAAUGAGGUGGGAGCCAUUCAUGACCUUAAGAGCUGACAUUUCUAGUGUUGUGUGUUAUUAGUUAUAAGCACUUUUUAUUUAUGUAGCUAAAAACUGUUUUUGAGAAUAAAAUGGGGUUCAUCUUUUCAUAGAUUUGGAUUACUGCUGUGUUCUAAAAGUAGUAGAAACUAAGCCCAAAAUGUUUCAGUAUUUCAAAAUAGGUAUGAAAAUUGUUGCUCUUGCAUUCUGCAAAAAGCACCUGACCUCUGUCCCUCUUUCUGACCUGUGUUUCAGCUUCCUGAUCUUGUCAUGGGUGUUAGCCAGUUUCUUUUAGGUCAUUAGAAAAACUCACCCAAUUUGUUAAAUAGAUUUAUUGUAGCCAGUCUGCAUUUUCAAGGUGAGUUAAACAGUAAUUUUAAAGCAGCUGAUAGUUUUCUAAGAUAAAUAUGCACUGAUUUUUCACUGUAAUGGGGACAUGGCAUGGAGGGGGUAGCUACAUUAAUAAUAACAGAAGGAUUGGCCUGAAGCCGUGUUAUUGCCACAACAAAAACACUGACUUCUUGAGUGUCUUCCACAGUAAUAUUCUCCUUAGCAGAUCUGAUACUAUUAAAUAUUUCCUUGCUCUGAUUUCACAGUGAAUUAUUUUGAUAUAUCUAUUUGUUGAUUUUUAAAACAUAAAAAUGGAGAUUUUAUUGCACUCAGAAAACACUUUUUAUAAAGAUUUUUUUCAAUAGAAAUUGAAAGUUUUUUGUGGGAUGGAUGUGUGGAUUUAUUAAUCACUACUUUCUAGUAAUGAAGUAUUUAAAAGUAUCAACUUAUAGUAUAUACCAGCUAAUUAACGGAAACUUUUUUUCCUUUUUAAAACAUGAUUUGAAGCCAGCCGGUGGCACAGUGGUUGAGGUGGCUGGAUCCUCCAUA